AUGACUACAAACUCGUUUGGUGUCGAGAUUGACGGAAAAGGGGUACAUGGUGCUGUUCCCACAAAAGAUUGCACGGAUGAAUCCCACGCCUGCAAACCAAGCGCAAUCACCCGUUUCAACGCAACAUCCCUCUCCAACACAGCCACCGCCUUCCACGACAUCCUCCCCAACGAGGAACUCACCAUUAGCUACGCCGAAUUCGGCCUCCCCUCCACCGCGCGCCAACGCUCCCUCCGCAAAUGGGGUUUCACCUGCACCUGCGCGCUGUGCUCGCUCCCCGCCGCGGAGCUGGCGGCCUCGGACGAGCGGCGCACCCGCGUAUCGCGGCUCGGCAAGGAGGUCAUCGAGCUGGUGACCCACGGCGGCAGCAGGGAGGACCUGCGGACGGCGGCGGAGCUGUACGCCGAGGCGGUGGACGCGGUGAGGGAGGAGGGCCUGGUGCCGCAUCUGGGUGGGCAUUAUCAGGUGUUGGGGCAGCUGUGGGCGGCGGCGGGGGAGGUGGAGAGGGGGAGGGAGUGGGUGAGGAGGGGGAAGGUGGAGACGGAGGGGUUUGAGGGUGUUUGGGGGUAG